AUAGCAGGACGCUAGCAGAAUGGGGUCAUGAUCAAGGCUUCGAAGAAGGUCGUUGCUGGCUGCCAAGAACGAACAGACAGGUAUAAGAAGGCUGUCAUUACUCGUGCCCAUUCCCUUUUUACCAACACACAUACCACACUCACAUCCUCGCCAACAUGAAGACCUUUACUCUCCUCGCUACUCUGGUCGCAGCUGCCCUCACUGCGCAGGCUGCUCCCCAGCCUACCGCUGUCCCGGUCGCCCGCCGCGACAACAUUCUGUCCCCUCGUCAGGGUGGUAACUCUGCCCUCCAAUCCUUCAUCAGCGCUUCGUCUGAUGCCUUCAUGUCCUCUGUCACGGCCUCCCGCAGCACAACGGCCUUUUCCACUGCUACAGGAACUGCCUGCCGAGGAAUCCCGCGUGAGGAGCAGGAGAACGACAAUGACAACGAUGACAAUGAUGACGACACCGAAAAUGACGCGUCCGCAUGCUGCAAUACCGGUAUAGUCAUUAACGAGCAGUGCUUUGUCGUUCCAGGCGCAGAGGGUGUCACUUUCCGUGGCGAGAUCGACGGCGACGAUGAUGACGAUGAUGACGACGACAAUGACAACAACAACAACAACAGCAGCAGCUCGUCGUCGGCCGCAGCACCUUCGAGCACGGCUGCUGACAACGAUGACAACGACGAUGACGAUGACAAUGACAACGACAACUCAUCGUCAUCGGCCGCAGCUGCGCCUACCGCUUCGUCGCAGAACGGUGGCUCCAACGGCGCUAAUACUCUCGAGGCAAGCGUUGGGCUGAUGGUUGCCGGCUUCCUCGGCCUCGCCGUAGCAUUGUAGACGCGACGUUCAGAAGCUCACUCAAACAUUUUUGUGGCAUGCUGAAUCAGCAAUACCUUUCUUAC